AUUCCAUAACCUAAUAUUAUAGUGUGUCAAAAUGGGUUUUUAAAGUAUAAUACAAUAGAAAUUUAAAAAUAUAUAAUAUGAUAACGUUACGAAUUAAAAAAAUCCAAAAUAACAUUUGGUAUUCUUCGUACGCUAAAACCAAGACUUUAGACCAAGCUUACGUACCACACAAAGUAGAAUGUUCGUCUAAAACGAAUUAUUUUAAGCCUCCUGUUAAAAAUGUGAAACCUUUUAGUUUAGUUCUACCACCUCCAAAUAUAACUGGAACUUUACAUUUAGGACACGCACUUACCGCUACAAUACAGGACGUUCUAAUAAGAUGGAAACAAAUGCAAGGUGUAAAAACAUCUUGGAUACCGGGUAUGGAUCACGCCGGUAUAGCUACACAAAUUAUUCUCGAAAAAUUAUUAUGGAAGGAAAAUCAACAAACACGACAAAAAAUUGGUAGAGAUUUAUUUUUGGAAAAAGUGAAUAAUUGGAAGAAUGAAAAAAGCUCCGUUAUUAGAAAACAACUUGAACGUAUGGGAGUUUUACUUGAUUGGGAUAAAGAAAUUUUUACAUUAGAUCAACAGAGAUCAAAAGCAGUACAAGAAGCUUUUAUAAGAUUAUUUGAUCUCGGGCUUAUAUAUAGCACUGUAAAGUUCUAUUUUAGAGCAGAUGCUCUGGUAAAUUGGUCUUGUAUAUUAAAAUCUGCUAUAUCUGAUAUAGAAGUGGAACAACUCUCCAUUAAUGGAUUAACUAAAAUUUCCAUUCCUGGAUUCGAAAAUCCAGUAGAAUUUGGUAUUAUUACAAAAUUUGCUUAUUUAAUAGACGGUACAGACGAAGAAAUAGUUGUAGCAACAACUCGUAUGGAAACUAUGUUAGGUGAUGUCGCCGUGGCUGUCCAUCCAGAAGAUUCUAGAUAUUCUAAUUAUAUAGGGAAGCAGUUAAAGCAUCCAUUUAGGAAUGAUAUGAUUCCUGUGAUUGCUGAUACUUUCGUAGAUCGAGAUUAUGGAACAGGCGCCGUAAAAAUUACACCCGCUCAUAAUUUUACCGAUUACGACGUAGCGAAAAAACAUAAUUUAAAACCUUUGUCGGUAAUCGAUGAAAGCGGUAAUUUAACUUCGAAUUGCGGUAAAUUUUCCGGAUUACCUCGAUUCGAAGCUCGAUCGAUCAUCGCCGAAGAACUAAGUAAAUUGGGAUUGUUCAAAGGUACGGAGGAACAUCCGAUGUCGAUUCCGAUUUGCAGUCGUACCAAAGACGUAAUCGAAUAUCUAAUACGUCCGCAAUGGUUCGUCGAUUGUAAAUCGAUGGCAGCUGAAGCCGUACGUACAGUUAAAGAAGGUAGUUUAUCAAUCGAACCCAAAUCUUUAGAAAAAACUUGGUUCGCUUGGUUAGAAAACAUACGAGAUUGGUGUAUAUCGAGACAAUUAUGGUGGGGACAUCGAGUACCGGCUUAUUCGUGUUCGAGCAUCAAAUCCGGAACGACCGUAUGGGUAGCUGCUGGAAACGAACAAACGGCUAUUACGAAAGGUGCUGCACAACUAGGAGUCGAUACGUCCGAUAUCCGAGUUAAAAGAGACGAAGAUGUUUUGGAUACUUGGUUUUCUUCUGGACUCCUUCCAUUCGCUUCAUUUGGUUGGCCGGAUAAGACGAUCGAUUUUGAAAAAUUCUAUCCGUUAUCUCUGAUGGAAACCGGUCACGACAUUUUGUUUUUCUGGGUGGCGCGAAUGGUGAUGCUGGGAAUUCAACUUACCGAUCGAUUACCUUUCGAUAAAAUUUUUCUUCACGGUAUCAUUUGCGACGUUUACGGUAGAAAGAUGUCGAAAAGUUUGGGAAACGUCGUAGCGCCCGAAGACGUGAUAGACGGAAUUAGCCUCGAGGAAAUGGAAGAAGCGACUAAAAGAAAUUACAACAUCGGAAUUUUAUCGAUAGAGGAAUUCGAACGAUCAAUUCAAGGUCAAAGAAAAAUGUUUCCGCGAGGAAUUCCCGCAUGCGGUUCGGACGCGUUAAGAUUCACUCUAUUAUCUCAUAACGUGAAAAAUACGUUUAUAAAUUUCGACGUGAACGAAUGUUAUACGAAUAAAUUGUUUUGUAAUAAAAUUUGGCAGGCGACUAAAUUUACCAAAACUUGGUACGAUAAUCGACAAGAAUUAUUAUUGUCUAACGGGUACGAUCGAUUGGAAAUUAUGGAUAAAUGGAUUUUGAGUAAAUUGACUCGAAUGGUGGAUAAAGUAAUCGGAGGAAUGGAAAAUUACGAUUUUUAUAUUUGUACGAACGCUUUAAAAAAAUUUCUGUAUUUCGAAUUUUGUGAUAUUUAUUUGGAAACGACUAAAAGAGGUUUACGUUGUUCCGAAAGUAGCUCAAAGGCGCCUGGUCAUGUACGGACACUUUUGACGUGUUUGGACGUUGCCUUAAGAGCUUUAGGGCCUUUCAUGCCCUAUUUAACCGAACAUCUACAUUCCCGUUUACCUCAAUUACCGGGAGAAGAAAAAAUAUUCUGUUUUCCUCAAAAAUUGAAUUACCUCGACGAUAAUCUGGAGAAAAACGUUGAAGAUAUUUUGGAAAUCGUAGCGGCGAUAAGAAGAUUGAAGAAGAUUUUCAACGUUAGCGUCAAGACGCAACCGAAACUAUUAAUUUCGACGUCAUCGAUUUGUAUAACAAACAAUUCGACGGUAAUACAAGAUUUAACCGGUUUUAACGAUAUCGAAGUAUCGAACGAAGUAAAGGAUGAUUUUUCGAAAAAUUGCCUUAAAGAUAAAAUCGGCGAAACGAAAAUAUAUUUGGAAAUGUCUGAGGAAAUUCGAAAAACGUUACAAUUCGAUUUGGAUAAAAUGGAAAAGAAGAAGAAAAAAUUGGAGAAGGAAUUGGAGAAAAUUAAGAAGAUGGUAUCGGGGUCUACGUAUAAAAUGAACGUCGGUUUGGAAAAACGAGAAAUUCAUUCGAAAAAGAUUAUAUUAUUGGAAGAACAGUUAACGAGACUCGAUUAUUUGAAAAAUGUUAUUAAAUAAUCGAAAAUAAUAUCAAACCUAACCUCAAAUUUUUUUGAAUAAAAAUUCAAUCGAUAACAACUUUUAUU